UGGUCUCUUUCUAAUGGCAUAAUGUUUUCUUUUGCAGGUUUCUCUCUCUCUUUUCUUUUGCAGUAAUAUCCAUUGAGUUUAGACGAAUUUUGUUCCGUCUCAAGUUCAUUGUCAGAUAAAAGAGAAGCAAUAAUGGAGAGAACUCCAUCAGCUUGUGCGAUGCAAUGGAGCAUAGACCUUGAAAAAGGCCUCCGUUCUAAUAAACCUGGUAAAUCUACCAGAGCCAUACUAGAUAUUGGGCCAAGACUUGAGUGGUGGAGUAGAGAGUCAAAUCUUCAUGCUGCUGAGUACAAAAUAUUCGGCUUAAUUCCUGGGGAAGAUAAGCUUUUUGCAAAUGCUGUCCUUCUUAGGCUUGCGGAUGCAUUCAGGUCGGGAGACAAACAAAUGAAGCUUUGCAUAGUGAAGAUUUUCUUGUCCGAGCUCAAGCAGAGAAGACGAUUGAGGAGCGAGGGGAGAAAAGAUGAGGGAAUCCUUUCAAAGGAUAAUUUAGAUAGCUGUAGCGAACUUUUGACUAGAAUAAAGAUAGUAUUCGACUCUGGAAACGAUGAAGAGAGAGCAUUGGCUUUAGCUCUAUUUGGUUGCUGGGCUCAUAUUGCGAAAGAUAGCGCUGAUGUUAGAUACCUCAUACUUUCAAGCUUGGUCUCAACGCAUAUUCUGGAGGCAAAGGCUUCUUUAUUUGCAGGUGGAUGCUUUUCUGAAUUGGCUGAUGACUUUGCUUAUGUAUUUCUGGAGAUGCUUGGAGGUCUGUUGACAUCAUCUGAAACAUCAAGGGCUAUAAGGUUAGCAGGAGCACAUGCUUUUGCUAAAAUGUGGUGUUCAAUUUUACUAGCGGAUAAAGCUCAUAAGACUGGUAUGAAGCUUAUCCUAGAAUCUCCAGAUGAAGACUUCUCUAUGGUGAUGCUAGUUUCACUUUCCAAAAUUGCUUCUAAAUGGACAUCUCUAAUUCCUGUACAGAUGGAAUUGCUUUCCUCAUUUAUGACUAAGGAAAGAGGUUUGAGCCUGCAAGCUGUUGCAUUAAAAUGUCUUCGUUUCAUUUUAUCCAAAGGAAUGUAUCACUUCCCUGCCAGUUCAAAUGUGACUCUAAAGUUGCUUGGUCUGAUAAAUCAGUCUGAUUUUCCACCAGCUUUGCAUUUUGAAGCCCUAAGAGCUUUAUGCAAGAUAUUGCCGCCCAACCUAGAUACAAUUCCAUGCACAGAGAUCCUCACUAUUUUCUCCAAGUUCAUACAAAUUGUCGAGUUCAGAAUACAAUCUCCAAUUAUCUCAGAGAGGGUUUUCACUGUUCAUGUAUUAGCUAGUAUUUUUGACAAACUUUUGGGAACACUGAAAGAUGCAGCAGGUGGAAUUAGUUCAAUUGUUGCAUCUAACAUGAUUACUUUCACAGUUGGUCGGAUCUCCCAACUAACAAAGUCAGUGCUAGAGAAUCCUCAUCCAGACACGGAGGUGGAGCAGGAGAUAAAGAGUUUACUCCUUAUUUUAGUUAAUCUGGUUGAAGGACAUCGAGAUCUCUCUGGUAUUGUACUGGAUAAGAGCUGUAUAGUUAUUGAACAUGUGGUCAGUAUGCUCAAUGAAUUCACUGGCAUGACACAUUCAAGCUCAGAAGAUCACCAUAUAACAGAGCUUGACAGAGAGAACCAUACAUUAAUUGCAUCCAGAGUUUUGGUUUAUUUAUCCCAACUUCUGAUAACUUGCUUUGAAGUGCUGGAUGUUUCCACUGCUGGUGCCACCCAAGUCUUUAACAGAAUGGAGCACCUGGUUGAGCACGUGCGCCAGUGCAGCUUACUUCCUACUUAUAUCCGCCUAAUAUAUCACCUCUUAUUGUACUUCUAUGCUGCAUAUCAGUGUAUGUGGCUGGAGAUAGGGAAAGAUAUGGUUUCUAAUAGGAAUUUUCGCCUAUCUCGUUGUAGUUCUUUCUCACAUGAUGGUUCCCUUUCCCAGCAUGAAAUUCUUAUUAUUGAUUGUGUGAAGGAAAUUCUGGAUAAAAAAGAUUAUUGGUCGUCUUAUAAGCUUGGAAAAUAUGCGGCAUGUCGUGGUGCAUGGUUGGUAGCUGCGUACAUAUUUGGGGAAUUAAUACCUAUGGUUCAAUCUGAUAUCUGUUGUUCUUGGUUGAAAUCCAUAUCCUAUCUUUCAGAACUGGAAAGGCAAGUCCAGUUGCUUGGGAUUACUCUUUCUGGAAAUACUGCUGGGAAAAUUACAACAGUUAAUCACAUUGAAAAUGUUGUCGGGUCCUGCAACAAGCUUUUUUCUUUAGAGAAAGCUUUUGAUGCCUCUGUUUCUGGUCUUACUUUUAGUUUCCAGAGAUGGUUUAUUACUUUAAGAUCAAAGGUUGUUAAAACUGUAGCAGAUGUACUUAAAUUAUUGAGCAUGAAUUCGUUUUCACAAGAAGCCACCACAAGUACUGAACAAAUAGAGGAAAAGAUUUUGUUUCAGCACUUGGAAUCUUCGCAAAGACUCAGCUCUUUGUUGCAAUUGCUUGCCCACGCUGCUUCCCAGUUCAUGAGGCUAGUAAAGGAAUUUGAUCUCUUAGCAACAUCAUGCAUUGGCAUGGACAGAAAAAGUAUGAAGAUAGUUUCUGACCUUGGAUUAAGUUGUUCACUCUUAGCCUUCAGUACCGGAUUAGCAUUUUGUUUUGCCAGUUCCAAUGCUAAACAAGACUCUAGUAUAUAUGGUCUUGAAACCUCAGAGGAGCAAUUUCGUACUCUGCUGGUUCAUGACUUAUUAAGGAGACUGGGGUAUAUAGACUUAGAAACUAGCAAAAAUCUGCGGCAGCUUUUGAAUUUCUGUCGAAGCUCUAGGAGUUGCUCAAUGCAAGAAUUCCAAAGUGAAUUAUCUACCACUUGUGUUGAAGUGAGAGAUGUUUCUAAACUUUGUAGAUAUUCCGUUCAGAGAUUUCUUAGCUUGCAAGCAAGUACCGUACAUGACAAUACUGGUAUAUCCCGAGCUCCUCAUGAUGUUCUGCAGUUGCUGUUCAACAUUAUUUCCUCUUGGAUACAGAUCCCUUUCCGGACUCCCAAACACUUUUUCCAAUUGAGGUCCCCCAUUUCUGCUGAGCUUUUCAUAACAAAUGAAGGUGGUAAAAGGAUGGAUGAUAUAUCUGUCUUGUCAGGCUUUGAGAUCCCUCUAACUCUGUGCAUUCAACUAAGAAAUAUAUCUCUAGACCAGCUGUCUCAGGUGUCAAAAUUGUACUGCAUCCUUCACUCACGAACAUCCUUCCAAGUAUUUAGUGCAAACGGGGAUAAGAAAGUACCAGAGUCCAGUUGUCAAGCUUGGAAAAAUGAUCACAUGGUAGAUCUUAAUGACAAGCUAUUGCACUUUACAACAGGUUCUACCAAGAGGGGUGGAUUACAUGCUAUGGAAAGUGCUGAAGGGAUUUAUUCCGUGGAUAAAGUUGUAGUUUUUGAUCCUAAUGAGAAAGGGCAAGGAUUUGCAACCUGCUUGCUAGAUGUUUCAGCAUUUCCUGUGGGUUCUUACCAAAUCAAAUGGCACAGCUGUUGUUUAGACAAUAAUGGAGCUUACUGGAGCCUUAUGCCCCUGAACACUGAUCAGUUCUUCACUGUACAUGAAUCUUCUAAUGUUGGUCCUUUUGUUAGAGUGCCAUAGACUGCAGUUCUUUAGUUAGAGCCAGAAUGAAGUUGUUAAUAGAUAUAUUUAUUGGUAUUUUAUUAUAAUAGAAGAGUGAGAUAAGAUAAUGUUUGACAUGUCUGUUUAUUGGAAAUAUUAAUUCAACACUGAGGGCUCUUUAGACUUUUAACAA